CUCUAUCCUUCACUUGUCACAAGCCAUCGUUGUUAUCGCCGUCUUCAUCUUUCCCUGAUCCUCCUCAUCCAUCAUCACCACCUCGACCGCUAUGCAAGCCCUGCAAUCCCCAUCUCUCCGACCAUCCCCUCUAAAACCUUUCCACAGGAACUCUCACAAUGCCACAAAAUCCCCUACUAAAAAGCUCUCUUUUAUCGCUGCUUCAUCUACUAAUAACUCUAUUAUUUCUGCUUCCAAGCGCGAGAAAGACCCGAAGAAAAGAGUCGUAAUUACGGGUAUGGGGUUAGUUUCUGUCUUUGGGAAUGAUGUGGAUGUUUACUACGACAAGUUGCUCGAUGGAGAGAGUGGGAUCGGACUCAUUGACAGGUUCGAUGCAUCGAAGUUUCCUACCAGGUUCGGUGGACAGAUCCGGGGGUUUACUUCAGAAGGGUAUAUUGAUGGGAAGAAUGAUAGAAGGCUUGAUGAUUGUUUGAGGUAUUGCAUUGUUGCGGGCAAGAAGUCGCUGGAACAUGCGGAUCUUGGAGGGGAUAAACUAUCUAAGAUUGAUAAAGAGCGUGCUGGUGUGCUUGUUGGAACAGGGAUGGGUGGUCUUACAGUUUUCUCAGAUGGUGUUCAGGCUCUAAUUGAAAGAGGAUACAGGAAAAUUACCCCAUUUUUUAUUCCUUAUGCUAUUACAAACAUGGGCUCGGCCUUGCUUGCCAUGGAAAUUGGUUUCAUGGGUCCGAACUAUUCAAUUUCAACUGCUUGUGCCACCUCCAAUUAUUGUUUCUAUGCUGCUGCCAAUCACAUUCGCCGUGGUGAGGCUGAUUUGAUGAUUGCUGGUGGAACUGAAGCUGCCAUCAUUCCCAUUGGAUUGGGAGGUUUUAUAGCAUGCAGGGCCUUAUCUCAGAGGAACGAUGAUCCACAAACUGCUUCAAGGCCAUGGGACAAAGGUCGAGAUGGCUUUGUUAUGGGUGAAGGUGCUGGAGUGUUGGUGAUGGAGAGCUUGGAACAUGCAAUGAAACGUGGUGCACCUAUUAUUGCUGAGUACUUGGGAGGUGCUGUUAACUGCGAUGCUUAUCACAUGACUGAUCCAAGAGCUGAUGGACUUGGGGUCUCUUCAUGCAUAGAGAGAAGUCUUGAAGAUGCUGGUGUGUCACCUGAGGAGGUUAACUACAUAAAUGCGCAUGCAACUUCCACCCUUGCCGGUGACCUCGCUGAAAUAAAUGCUAUAAAAAAAGUAUUCAAGAAUACUUCUGAGAUCAAAAUCAACGCAACCAAGUCUAUGAUAGGGCAUUGCCUUGGUGCUGCUGGAGGCUUGGAAGCAAUUGCCUGUGUGAAGGCCAUAACCACAGGAUGGUUGCAUCCUACAAUUAACCAAUUUGAUCCAGAGCCUUCAGUUGAAUUUAACACUGUUGCCAAUAAGAAGCAGCAGCACGAAGUGAAUGUUGCCAUUUCAAAUUCCUUCGGAUUUGGUGGACACAACUCGGUUGUGGCCUUUUCUGCAUUUAAGCCCUGACCAUCUGAAUUGUCUGCGAAUCAUUUUCUGCAAUUCAAGGCUGGCUAUUUUCCUUUUCUGCAUUUAUCGCAGGAACUAGUCUUUGCUUAAUUGUGAGUUGCUUAUCAACUAGACAUUGAGGCGGCUGCAUCGUUUUGCUGGGUAACUGAUAAUCAUUCUCCUCCAACCAUUUUUAGUUUUUACUCCCCAAUAAUUUGGGUAUGAACUCUAGCUAAAGGUGAUACUUUUUUUGAAGUAACAUUUUCAUUUUCGUUUUCCUUGUAACUUUAGCUUAUUAAGAUGCAGGGUUUGUUGAGGUUUAAAUUAUGUUGUGGACACAAGCAAUGAUAGAAGUCUUUUUCAAUUA